AUGAGGAUAUUACCCACCCCUCUUCUAGCGUCCACUACGCCCAAACGUCCAUUGCGCCGGAUUCUAUUUUCGCAUCGGACGCGAUGGCGCAUCCAGCAGCUCAACCGAUACACCUUAGCGAAUGCUGCGCCAGGCAGCGUGUCCCCUUCCAUUCCAGACUCUUCCCCGUGCUUGCCGUUCCGCUUCGAGACCGGCUACGGGCUCUUCGCAAAGAGAGCCCCGAGACCGUUUCCGCCGCCAUUUUUAAGUCCACCGUCCGGAUCGUUCAGUGAUCCGCUCAGCACGCACCACCAAAGCAGGAAUAGGCGCGCCCUUGUCAAUGGAGAACUCAUAAGGGGUAUGACCAACGGAGAUGAUGCGGUUUACACCAGCGAUUAUUUCGUCUGUGUCAACGACGGCGUGGGCGCCUGGUCGAUGCGGCCGAGAGGACAUGCGGGUCUUUGGUCGAGAUUGAUAUUACACUUCUGGGUUGCGGCAAUACAGGACGGCAUAGCUAAGCCGCGAUUACCAGACACGUCAUACGAGCCGGAUCCGGUGCAAUGCUUACAAUUAGCUUACGAACGCACCCUAGAAGCUACCUCGGCGCCCAAUGACUGCCAGGGGACCACCACGGCAGCUGGUGCGCAGUUAUACUACAAGGGCGACGCUCGUUUGCCCAACUCCGCAACACCAUUGCUGUAUGUGACGAACCUUGGCGAUUCACAAAUCAUGGUCGUGCGGCCCAAGGGUCGGGAAAUGGUAUACAAAUCAAAAGAGCAAUGGCAUUGGUUUGAUUGUCCUCGACAACUAGGGACGAAUAGUCCGGAUACCCCCUCGCAGAAUGCGGUGGUCGACAUUGUGGAGCUUAAAGAAGGUGAUGUGGUACUGGCCAUGUCGGACGGUGUCAUCGACAAUCUCUGGGAACACGAGAUCGUGGAGAAUGUGACUACUAGUAUCGAGAAAUGGGAGAGCCGCGGUGAUGGGCGGCAACUUGGGAGUAUGGAAUUCGUAGCUGGACGACUCAAGAGUGCAGCUCAAUGCAUUGCCUUGGAUCCAUUUGCGGAAAGCCCAUUCAUGGAGCAUGCUAUUGACGAAGGCCUUGCCAGCGAAGGGGGCAAGCUUGAUGAUAUCAGCGUUGUAGCUGCGUUAGUCUGUCGUCGAAACACGGAUUGUUCUUAA